CCGGCGGAGGCCGCGGGCUGGGGCGGGGGGCUCCUACAGGAGGGCUGUUGGCCUGCUGCUGUGCUGCUGAACAGUAUGCAGUCCUUUCGGGAGCAAAGCAGUUACCACGGAAACCAGCAGAGCUACCCACAGGAGGUACACGGCUCAUCCCGGAUAGAAGAGUUCAGCCCUCGCCAGGCCCAAAUGUUCCAGAAUUUUGGGGGUGCAGGUGGCAGUAGUGGUGGCAGUGGUGGCAGCAGUGGUGGUGGACGACGAGGAACAGCGGCUGCUGCUGCUGCAGUGAUGGCUAGUGAGACCUCUGGUCACCAGGGGUACCAGGGGUUCAGGAAAGAGGCUGGAGAUUUUUACUACAUGGCAGGCAACAAAGACCCCGUGGCAACAGGAACCCCACAGCCUCCUCAGCGAAGGCCUUCUGGGCCCGUGCAGAGCUAUGGACCCCCCCAGGGGAGCAGCUUUGGCAAUCAGUAUGGGAGUGAGGGUCAUGUAGGCCAGUUUCAAGCACAGCACUCUGCUCUUGGUGGUGUGUCUCAUUAUCAGCAGGAUUACACGGGGCCUUUUUCUCCUGGGAGUGCUCAGUACCAACAGCAGGCUUCCAGCCAACAGCAGCAGCAAGUACAGCAGUUGAGACAACAGCUUUACCAGUCUCAUCAACCUUUGCCACAAGCUGCGGGUCAGCCCACCUCUGGCUCGUCCCAUCUACAACCAAUGCAGCGGCCCUCAACUCUGCCAUCCUCUGCUGCUGGCUACCAAUUAAGAGUGGGUCAGUUUGGCCAACAUUACCAGUCUUCUGCUUCUUCCUCUUCUUCCUCCUCCUUCCCUUCACCACAGCGUUUCAGUCAGUCUGGACAGAGCUAUGAUGGUAGUUACAAUGUGAAUGCUGGCUCCCAGUAUGAAGGGCAUAAUGUGGGCUCUAGUGCACAGGCUUAUGGAACACAGUCAAAUUACAGCUACCAGCCUCAGUCUAUGAAAAAUUUUGAACAGGCAAAGAUUCCACAAGGGACCCAGCAGGGACAGCAGCAGCAGCAAACACAGCCGCAGCAGCAGCAACAGCAGCAGCAACAACAACAGCAACAACAGCAGCAGCAGCAGCAUCCCCCUCAGCAUGUAAUGCAGUAUACCAAUGCUGCCACUAAACUGCCCCUGCAAAGCCAGGUGGGGCAGUAUAGCCAGCCUGAGGUUCCUGUGAGGUCCCCCAUGCAGUUUCACCAGAACUUCAGCCCCAUCUCUAACCCAUCUCCAGCUGCCUCUGUGGUUCAGUCUCCAAGCUGCAGUUCCACCCCCUCUCCUCUUAUGCAGAGUGGGGAGAAUCUCCAGUGUGGGCAAGGCAAUGUGUCCAUGAGUUCCAGAAACAGAAUUUUACAGUUAAUGCCUCAACUUAGUCCAACACCAUCAAUGAUGCCCAGUCCUAAUUCUCAUGCUGCGGGAUUCAAGGGGUUUGGGCUAGAAGGGGUACCAGAAAAGCGGCUGACAGAUCCUGGGUUGAGUAGUUUGAGUGCUCUGAGUACACAAGUGGCCAACCUUCCGAAUACUGUCCAGCACAUGCUACUUUCUGAUGCCCUCACUCCCCAGAAGAAGACCUCCAAGAGGCCUUCCUCAUCAUCCAAGAAAGCAGACAGCUGCACAAACUCUGAAGGCUCCUCACAGCCUGAGGAACAGCUGAAGUCUCCGAUGGCAGAGUCCUUAGACGGAGGCUGCUCCAGCAGUUCAGAGGACCAAGGCGAGAGAGUGAGGCAGUUGAGCGGCCAGAGCACCAGCUCUGACACCACCUACAAGGGCGGAACCUCAGAGAAAGCUGGCGCCUCACCAGCACAAGGCGCUCAGAAUGAGCCCCCAAGACUGAGUGCCAGUCCUGCAGCUAGAGAAGAGGCUGCUUCGCCAAAUGCUAAGGAUACCCCACUGUCAUCUGAGGGGAACCCAAAAGUCAAUGAGAAGACAGUUGGGGUGAUUGUGUCCCGGGAAGCUAUGGCAGGUCGGGUAGAAAAGUCUGGUGGACAGGAUAAAGGGUCCUCAGAGGAUGAUCCUGCCGCCACACAGCAGCCACCCAGCAAUAGUGGGGCAAAGGAAGCCAGUCACACAUCACUUUCCCAACCAGAGCCUACAGGAGGGAGCAAAGGGAACAAGAAUGGUGACAACAGCUCCAACCACAAUGGAGAAGGAAAUGGGCAGCCUGGCCACCCCACAGUGGGCCCUGGUUUCACAGGCAGGACUGAGCCCAGCAAGUCUCCUGGAAGCCUGCGCUACAGCUACAAAGAGAGUUUUGGGUCAUCUAUACCACGAAAUGUUGGUGGCUUUCCUCAGUUUCCUUCAGGGCAAGAAAAGGGGGACUUCGUUGGCCACGGGGAACGAAAGGGUAGAAAUGAGAAGUUCCCCAGCCUCCUUCAGGAAGUGCUUCAGGGUUACCACCACCACCCUGACAGGAGGUAUUCCAGGAGUGCUCAGGAGCAUCAGGGGAUGGCUGGUGGCCUGGAAGGAUCUGCAAGGCCUAAUGUCCUAGUUAGUCAAACCAAUGAAUUAGCUAGCAGGGGCCUUCUGAACAAAAGUAUUGGAUCCCUGUUAGAAAACCCUCACUGGGGACCCUGGGAAAGGAAGUCAAGCAGCACAGCUCCUGACAUGAAACAGAUCAAUCUGGCUGACUAUCCAAUUCCCAGAAAGUUUGAAAUAGAGCCUCCAGCAUCAGCUCAUGAGCCUGGGGGCUCCCUCUCUGAAAGGAGAUCAGUGAUCUGUGACAUUUCUCCUCUAAGACAGAUUGUCAGGGACCCAGGGGCUCACUCACUGGGGCACAUGGGUGCCGACACCAGAAUUGGGAGGAACGAACGUCUCAACCCAAGUUUAAGUCAGUCCGUCAUUCUUCCAGGUGGAUUGGUGUCCAUGGAAACAAAGCUGAAAUCCCAGAGCGGGCAGAUAAAAGAGGAAGACUUUGAACAAUCCAAAUCCCAAGCUAGUUUCAACAACAAGAAAUCUGGAGACCACUGUCAUCCCUCUAGCAUCAAGCAUGAGUCUUAUCGGGGCAAUGCCAGCCCAGGAGCAGCAGCCCAUGAUUCCCUUUCAGACUAUGGCCCCCAAGACAGCAGGCCCACACCAAUGCGGCGAGUUGCAGGCAGAGUUGGUAGCCGGGAGGCCAUGAGGGGUCGGUCUCCUUCUCAGUACCAUGACUUCACAGAAAAGUUGAAGAUGUCUCCUGGGAGAAGCAGAGGCCCAGGAGGAGACCCUCAUCACAUGAACCCCCACAUGACCUUUUCAGAGAGGGCCAAUAGGAGCUCUUUACAUGCUCCCUUCUCUCCCAACUCAGAAAGCCUGGCAUCUGCAUAUCACACGAACACACGGGCUCAUGCUUAUGGGGACCCUAACACAGGUUUGAAUUCCCAGCUCCACUAUAAGAGACAGAUGUACCAACAGCAGCAAGAGGAAUAUAAAGACUGGAGCAGCAGUUCUGCUCAGGGAGUAAUUGCUGCUGCGCAGCAUAGGCAGGAGGGACCUCGGAAGAGCCCACGACAGCAGCAGUUUCUCGACAGAGUACGGAGCCCUCUAAAAAAUGACAAAGAUGGUAUGAUGUAUGGCCCACCAGUUGGCACUUACCAUGACCCUGGCAUGCAGGAGGCUGGGCGCUGCCUCAUGUCCAGUGAUGGUCUGCCUAAUAAAGGCAUGGAACUGAAGCAUGGCUCCCAGAAGUUACAAGAGUCUUGUUGGGAUCUGUCUCGGCAAACUUCUCCAGCCAAAAGCAGUGGUCCUCCAGGAAUGUCCAGUCAAAAACGGUACGGACCGCCCCAUGAGACAGAUGGGCACGGCCUAGCUGAAUCUCCACAGUCAUCAAAACCUAGUAAUGUAAUGCUAAGGCUUCCUGGCCAAGAGGAUCACUCUUCUCAAAACCCCUUAAUCAUGCGGAGGCGUGUCCGUUCUUUUAUCUCUCCCAUUCCCAGUAAGAGACAGUCACAAGAUGUAAAGAACAGUAACACUGAAGAUAAAGGGCGCCUCCUUCACCCAUCGAAGGAAGGCACCGAUAAAGCAUUCAAUUCCUAUGCCCAUCUUUCUCACAGUCAGGAUAUCAAGUCUAUCCCUAAGAGAGAUUCUUCCAAGGACCUUCCAAGCCCAGAUAAUCGAAAUUGCCCUGCUGUUACCCUCACAAGCCCUGCUAAGACCAAAAUACUCCCCCCACGGAAAGGACGGGGAUUGAAGCUGGAAGCUAUAGUUCAAAAGAUCACAUCCCCAAAUAUCAGGAGAAGUGCAUCUGCAAACACCGCAGAGGCUGGGGGAGACACCGUGACACUGGAUGACAUACUGUCUCUGAAGAGUGGUCCUCCUGAGAGUGGGACAGUGGCUGCUCAGGAGGCUGAGAUGGAGAAGAGAAAAGGUGAUGUGGUGUCUGACCUAGUGGGUCCUACUAGCCAGGAGUCUAACACUGAGAAGCCUCUAGCUCGGUCUGCAGAAGAGUGGCGUGGCAGUGGGGAUGACAAAGCAAAGGCAGACACACACACAGACACAGCUCCUCCUGGGAAGGACGCCCCUGGUGCCAUGACAUCCACAACCUCACAGAAGCCUGGCAGUAACCAAGGGAGACCAGAUGGUUCCCUGGGUGGUGCAGCACCUUUAAUCUUUUCUGACUCAAAGAAUGUAGCUCCAGUGGGCAUAUUAGCCCCUGAGGCAAACCCCAAGGCUGAAGAGAAGGAGAAUGAGACAGUGACUAUUUCACCCAAACAAGAGAGUUUUCCCCCAAAGGGAUAUUUCCCAUCAGGAAAGAAGAAGGGAAGACCCAUUGGUAGUGUGAAUAAGCAAAAGAAGCAGCAACAGCCACCACCCCCACCUCCCCAGCCACCUCAGAUACCAGAAGGUUCUGCAGAUGGAGAGCCAAAGCCAAAAAAACAGAGGCAGCGGAGAGAGAGAAGAAAGCCUGGGGCCCAGCCAAGGAAACGGAAAACCAAACAAGCAGUUCCCAUUGUAGAACCCCAGGAGCCUGAAAUCAAGCUAAAGUAUGCCACCCAGCCACUGGAUAAAACUGAUGCCAAGAACAAGUCUUUUUUCCCCUAUAUUCAUGUAGUAAAUAAGUGUGAACUUGGAGCCGUUUGUACAAUCAUCAAUGCUGAAGAAGAGGAACAGACCAAAUUGGUGAGGGGCCGGAAAGGUCAGAGGUCUCUGACCCCUCCUCCCAGCAGCACCGAAAGCAAGGUGCUACCAGCUUCUUCCUUUAUGCUGCAAGGGCCUGUGGUGACAGAGUCAUCUGUUAUGGGGCACCUGGUUUGCUGUCUGUGUGGCAAGUGGGCCAGUUACCGAAACAUGGGUGACCUCUUUGGACCUUUUUACCCCCAAGAUUAUGCAGCCACUCUCCCGAAGAAUCUGCCUCCUAAGAGGGCCACAGAAAUGCAGAGCAAAGUCAAGGUACGGCACAAAAGUACUUCAAAUGGCUCCAAGACGGACACUGAAGAGGAGGAGGAGCAGCAGCAGCAGAAGGAGCAGAGGAGCCUGGCCGCACACCCCAGGUUCAAGCGGCGCCACCGCUCGGAAGACUGUGGUGGAGGCCCUCGGUCCCUGUCCAGGGGGCUUCCUUGUAAAAAAGCAGCCACUGAGGGCAGCAGUGAAAAGACUGUUUUGGACACAAAGCCCUCCAUGCCCACCACUUCAGAAGGUGGCCCCGAGCUGGAGUUACAAAUCCCUGAACUACCUCUUGACAGCAAUGAAUUUUGGGUCCAUGAGGGUUGUAUUCUCUGGGCCAAUGGAAUCUACCUGGUCUGUGGCAGGCUCUAUGGCCUGCAGGAAGCGCUGGAAAUAGCCAGAGAGAUGAAAUGCUCCCACUGCCAGGAGGCUGGCGCCACCCUGGGCUGCUACAACAAAGGUUGCUCCUACCGCUACCAUUACCCGUGUGCCAUCGAUGCAGAUUGUUUGCUUCAUGAGGAGAACUUCUCGGUGAGGUGCCCCAAGCACAAGCCCCCCCUUCCGUGCCCUCUCCCACACUUGCAGAACAAGACCUCGAAAGGCAGCCUCAGCACAGAGCAGUCGGAGCGGGGGUGAGGGGGGCAGUGCGCGUGGGAAUGGAGAGGACAGCAAGCACAGGUUAGACUGUGGAGAUGAGAAGUGGUGGACACUCACGAUGGAACGGAAAUGUCCUACUGUCAGCCACAUCCCACCCUGUCCCGCCCCGCGUGCCUGCCCAAGCCAGCACUUCCUUCCUACGUUCUCACAUCACUCAAACCAGUGACACCACAGGAAAGAAAGGCCUAAGAUGUUGGAAUGGCUGUUUCCAUGGACACAAUCUCCAUAGUGACAAUGUGGG